AUGAACACCGAGUUUCGUCCCAAAUUGGCACCGACUAGGAAGCCUGCCACUUAUCUAGCCAAAGUUCAAACCUUUUUCAUCGUCAAAGAUUCUCUUAAACCACACACCACCGUCCUAAUAGGUUCCAUCCUCCAACUUAUCCUCUCUGCAACCCUUCCUUUCCGUUGGGCAGUUGUCCCCUCCGCUAUCGUCUUUCUCAACUCGAUCAUCACAACUGUCCUCCAGCUCCGCAGCCCGAAACCAAACGAGUACACGACAGAUACUGUACACGGCCGUGCGACAGCUCAGCUUCCCUUCCGAGACGGUACCUUUGGGAAUAGGCCCGGUGCGAGUCCUGUUGUUGUCUUCAACCUUGGUGUCCAAUCCAACCACCCACUUGGCGUCGCGGCACCGCACUUUGACAAGGUCGGAGAUUACUUCAGGACUCUACACAAUAAUCUCACAGCUCGCCGAGAUGAGCUAGGCAUGUUGAGCUACUCAAACUGGCGAGGCGAUGAGCGAACUAGUAACAACACCCUACUCCUGACAUACUACUUCCGUGACGUCGAGAGCCUGAACCGCUUCGCCCACGAGGAACUGCACCGUAAGGCCUGGGAUUGGAUGAACAAGGAGAAACCGGCACAUAUCGGCAUCUUUCACGAGACGUUUUGCGUGCCAGCACACGCUUACGAGACUAUCUAUGUGAACUGCCAUCCAGUCUUGAUGGGGAGGGCGACGGUCAAGACAAAGGGCGAAGAGGAGGCAUGGAUGAAUUCUCUUGUAAGUGCGGAUGUGCCUGCGUUGAAGACGCAAUGGGCGAGGUUAUCAAGGGAUCCAAAGGGGAAUCCUCGAGAGGAGUGA